AUGGAUACCAACAAAGUUACCAAGACAAUAAUUACGUCUCCUGCCAUAUACAAGCCUGUUGGGCCUUACAGCCAAGCUGUUCUAGUCGAUAAGACUCUCUAUGUAUCGGGGGUGCUGGGGAUGACUGCUGAUGCCCAAUUAGUCACCGGUGGCAUCAAAGCUCAAACGAAACAGGCUCUAGACAACUUACAACAUAUUUUAGUAGCUGGGGGUGCAUCUUUGCAGUCUGUGGUGAAAACGACAAUUUUGCUUGCAAGACUGGAGGACUUCGCAGUUUUUAAUAAGGUUUAUGCAGAAUAUUUUCCGAAAAACCCACCAGCUCGUGCUACCUAUGAAGUUUCUAGAUUACCCAAAGAUGCAGCGGUGGAAAUAGAAGCCAUUGCCAUCAGCGGCAAUCUCGUCGAGAGUGCAGCAUAA